AAAAAGAAAAUGACUAAAAGAUCCUAAAUUGUCAAAAGAGCGAUGCGAGCGCCCUGAAUGAACCUGCCUGCAAAUCCCAAUUCCAAUAUCCCUCUCCCGCGGAAAUCCUCUCUCUCUCUCUCUCUCUCUCUCUGUCGAUGAAACUGAUGCUGUUCGCUUAGUUUCAGUUUUGCCGCCUCUUCUAUCUACGAGCGCGCACUGGGGAAUCAAAUUCAACCCUUUGGAUGCAUUACUACGGUCCAAGAGUCUCAAAUUCACGUCUCUGCUGAUCUUUGCCGAAUAUUCGUCUCCUUCGGUACUGGGUUUCUCCUCCUUCUUCAUUACAAAAACCCUAAUCUUAUAUUCAGUUUGUCGCGCCCCGGGCUUAAUGAGAACUGUUAUUUUGUCAUAAAACCCUAGUUUUGGAGUUUCACGUGGCAGUGAUUUCUUUCGGACAUGGUUUUUGUUAGAUGGGCUACUGGUUUAUGAGGUUCGCAGUGAUUAGGUUAAUCAAUCGAUGGGUGCCCUGACAAGCAACCGCAAGCGCGGCGACGAAUGUUUCACUUUGAAUCACGCGCACCCAUCUCUGUACUCCCCUCAUUCGAACUCUCGAAUUGAUCUUCACAUCUCGAAGAAGCCGAAAUUUUCAUCUAUGCAUCAGAGUCCGGACCGGCCUGUAUCAUCGAGAAGUACUGCUUUUAGACUCUAUAGAUAUCCAGAGCCCACACCGCAGUUGAGGAGGGAAGUUCAUGCGCCUUGUAGGGUUCUAAAAUUUGGAUUCUCUACGAGUUUGAGGAGAGAGCCGGGGUUGAGGACUAGUGGAGUUAGCGAAACUAAGAGGUCAGCUGACUUUAUGGGGAAUGCUCUGCGGAAUCAGUAUGAUUGGGCAAAACGCAACGCAUUGAGCACUUUACAGUAUUUCAGGAAAGAUAAGGAGGUGAUUGAGCUGGAAGAACCAGAAAAGGAUGCGGAUUCAGAAGAUUCUAGCAUGGAAGAGCUUCGAAUUGAUGAGGAUGGGCAAGAAGGAGAAGGUCGGUCAGUGGUUUCAGACCAGAAGUCUCGAGAGAAUAAUGGGAUUAUGGAAGCUAUGGGCAAAAUGAAUGGGAAGAUUGUGGAACGAAAAAUUCAGCCUUCAUCUUCUUCGGCAGUUACUGGAUUGACAAAUACAAAUGGUAAUUUGAAAGUGGACAAUGCAGGAAAAAUGCUUGAUUCAUUGUCAUUAAACCAUGAGGUGGAUGCACCUAGUGUGCCUCUGUAUGAAAAAUUGCAUGAGUCUGCAGAGCGGCGGAAUGCCAAGUUGAGGGAUUUGGAGUUUCUCAUUGAAGUAAAUGAGACCCGUCGUUCCUCACUUCAUUUAUUGCAUCCUGAGAAGAAGAAAGGGAAGGAUAUACCUCGUGAUGCUUUUGUUCCUCUUACAGAAGAGGAAGAGGAUGAGGUUUCUCGUGCUUUUUCUGCCAAGCGGAGGAGUGUCUUGGUCACUCACGAGAACUCUAAUAUUGCAAUUACAGGAGAAAUUUUUCAGUGUCUGAGACCAGGUGCAUGGUUGAAUGAUGAGGUCAUCAAUGUCUACCUUGAAUUACUGAAAGAGAGGGAAAGGAGGGAGCCUACAAAGUUUUUGAAAUGCCAUUUCUUCAGUACAUUCUUUUAUAAGAAGUUAAUAAGUGGGAGAAGUGGUUAUGAUUUUAAAUCUGUUAGAAGAUGGACUACCCAAAGGAAGUUGGGGUACAGCCUCAUGGAGUGUGACAAAAUCUUUGUUCCUAUUCACAAGGAGAUACAUUGGUGCUUAGCAGUUAUCAAUAAGAAGGAUGAGAAGUUCCAGUAUCUUGAUUCACUUAAAGGAGUGGAUACCCAUGUGCUGAAAGUAAUGGCUAGAUACAUUGUGGAUGAAGUGAAAGAAAAGAGUGGAGAAGACAUUGAUGUAAGUGCUUGGAAGCAUGAAUAUGUUGAAGACCUUCCUCCUCAGGAGAAUGGGUGUGUAAACUCUUCAUCUUUUGCCACCAGAUGCAUUUUCUUUUGGAAAUCACUGCACAUUCACAUGAAGAUCUCUCUUAUUUUGUUAAGAGAAUCUGUCUUGAAAAAGGCAUUUUCUUUUGCCAUAAGCUUAUCUUUAUGGCAAAAAUAGAUGAUAAUAUCUAGAGUGAUUUUUUUACUAAAAAAUCUCAUCAUUCCCUGUCUUUUUAAAAGAAUUACGUAGCUGUAAUGCUAUUUGAAUGCUAUCCGGUGAGCCUGGCUUCUUCCAGGAAUUGGUCUAAUUGAAAUUCAAUAUUUUAAGAUGCGACUGAAGUUAUGUUGUAUUGGGCUAUGAAAGAGGAAGAAUUAUAAUUAUAGUAAGUUGGCAAUAAGUUUAGAAUGUUUCAAGCAUCUAAUAGUGUGACAGUACUGGCAGGGUAACUAGUGACAGUCUGCUUAUAAGAAAAAAGUUUAACUCACGGUGGUAGAUUGAAUCUGGGAAGAUUGUUUCUGUUUGGAUUAAAAUUUUUUGAAUGUUUUCUGCAAUUCAAUUCAACAAAGCCUUAUUUCGAUUUCCAAAAAUGUUUAAAGGCCAGAGUUUUAUUUUGGCAUUGAGUUCUUUACAUAAUAAAGUUAUAGGCUGUUGUGUCUUUUCUUUAUUGUUCUUUUCCUUGUUAUUGUAUUGUAGCAUUGUCAAUCUUGUUCUUCCUCACUUCCAUAUAUUAUUGGCUGUUGUUCAGCUAUUGGUCUUUGGUGCCAUACCAUCUCAGAUAUUACUUUUUCCAACUUGAUUUAAUUUGUGAUACCUUUAAUGUCUCCUGUGUUUCUAUUCCUAGGUCUGCCUUUUCUCUAUGUAUGCUGUGAAAAUACAGUAGUUGACAGUCUGUUGUGUUUCAUACAGAUAAGUUGGUAGUGUGAGAAGGAGACAUCGCUGCAUUUACCAAAGUAAAAUAGCCAUCAAUGGAAAGCUUGAAACCCUUUUAUGUGUCAGAAUAUAAUUAUGCUCCUGUAAAUGACUACCAGAAAUAUUUGGACUUCUUUCUAUUAGGAUGCAGGAACUCCUUUUAAAUACAGUAGCCUGCAUGUAAUCCUAGUGGUGUUAGUGUGUAAUUAAUCAUUUGGCUGAAGUAAAAUAUUUUAUUUGAUAAAUAGAAAGGAAAUGAGUUGGAACCCUUUUUUAGUGCAUCUCA